AUGUCUCGCGCAUCGAAAUUCACAUUGGCAGCCACCGGCCUCGGCACAAUGGGCAUCGUCUGGUUCGUCCACUGGGCGCAAGAAGCAGACAGGGCGGCUAUGCACAAAGGCGUCGAACGAGACAUGGAGAAGCAGCGUAUCCGACUAGAGCGCCAGGCCGAGUUCGAAAUGCAAAAGGCCCUCGAGCAGGAGUACCUCAAGCUCCAAACCGUACACAGCACGACCGGUGAUCCAAGCACAGCCGGCCAGAAAACGAGUCCGGGGUCAUGA